CGGGCUGUGUAGGCCUGUGCAGCGCUUCCAUUUUGUGCGGCCGGCGACCGAGGGGCCGAGCUCCCGGGGCCUGUGUGUGUGUGUGUGUGUGUGUACGAGCCGAGGAGGGAGGGAGGGAAGUGGGGGAGCCUCAGGCCGGUGUGUGCGAGGCGAUGGAGGAGGAGUACUACCCCGGCGGGGAAGAUGAUGGUGGAGCGACACCUGUGCAGGAUGAACACGAGUCUGGCUCUGAUGAACAGGAGGAUUUCAAUGAAAACCAUGCAGCAUCUGAAGGUAGCAGCGUGGGGCAUCAUUCAGAGGAUGAAGGCCACAAAGAAUAUCACAGUGAUGGAGAGGAUAGCAACAUAUCCGAGCAACCAGACAGCAGAGAAGAAAAACACAUGACAAGCGAUUCUGAGAAUGAUGAACCAAAGAAAGCUCAAAGCUGCGAGCAGUCAGACGACGAAGUAGACAGCGAUAAAGGGAAUCACUCCAUACAUGAAGACAGUGGGGGAGAGCAUGAAGAAAGCCAUGAGCGAAUGAAUUAUUCAGACAGUGAGAAGAAUGGGAGAAUAUCGCAAAAACUUGAGAGCCGAGGGGCAAGUGACGAUGAUGAUGAAGAGCCCACUCUUCACAAACCAUCUAACAGCGAUGAGGAGCAGGACGAGGAAAAUGGAGACAUUGCAGGAAAGAGAAAGAAGGCAGUCUUGUCUGACAGUGAAGAUGAAAAAGAAGCAAUGAAUAAAUCUGCUAAGAAAAGCCGUAUUGCUUCAGAGGGUGAGGAUUCAGAUAACGACUCUGCCAUCGGCAAGACAAAGCACAGUGUCUCAGGCAGCGAGGAUUCAGACAGUGAUUCAGGUGCUCCAAAGAACAAACAUAUGGUCUCAGGUGGCGAGGAUUCAGACAGCAACACUGGUACUCUGGGGAAAAAAAUGGAGGUAUCACGUGGUGAGGAUUCAGACAGUGAUGCAGUCACUCCAAAGAAAAAACAAGUGGUAUCUGAGGCUGAAGAUUCUAACAGUGAUGCUGGUUCUUCAAGGAAAAAACAGGUUGUCUCAGGUGCCGAGGAUUCAGACAGUGAUCCCGGUAUCUCUAAGAAGAAAAAACGGUUAGACUUGGGCGAUGAGGAUUCAGACAGUGAUGGCGGCAUUUCUAAGCAGAAACCUGUUUUUUCAGACCGUGAAGAAUCCGACAGUGACACUGGCAUUUCAAAAACAAAGCGAGUUGUCUCGGAUGUUGAUUCAGACAGUGACGUCGCUAAGAAAAAACAAGUUGCCUCCGAUGCAGAGGACUCUGACAGCGACGCUGUCACAAAGAAAAAGCAGGUUUUCUCAGAUGGCGAUGACUCGGACAGUGACACGGCUCUUAAGAAAAAGAAUGUGGUUUCUGAAGACGAGGAGUCGGCGGACAGUGACUCUGCUGCUAAGAAAACGCGCAUCCUUUCAGCUGCCGAGGACUCUGACAGUGACGCUGCGUCAGAGAAGCGACAGUCAAAGCCAGUCUUAUCUGACAGCGAUGAAGAUGAGGAAAAUAAGGAGCCUUCGAAAAAAAACGAAUCUGGUCUGUUUGGCAGUGACAGUGAGUCUGAAGAUGAAGGUGGUGUUGGAACCCUGAUAGCAGACAUUUUUGGGGAAUCUGAUGAUGAAGGAGAGGAGUUCACAGGCUUUAACCAAGAAGACCUCGAUGGGGAGAAGGCGGCUCUUGAGGCAGAGAAAAAGAUGAUGGUUGCAGAAGAGUCUGACUCGGACAGUGAGAUCCGAGGAAAAGGAAGGGACUUAGACUUUGUGUCUGAUUUUGAGAUGAUGCUGCAGAAGAAGAAAGAUCAAAACCGGAAACGAAGGCGGAAUCGUGAUGGAGGCACGUUUAUCAGUGACGCAGACGAUGUUGUCAGUGCUAUGAUCACCAAGAUGAAUGAAGCUGCUGUGGAGGACCAGCAGUUGAAUGGCAAGAAGAAGCCAGCGCUGAAGAAGUUAACCUUGUUACCCACAGUAGUGAUGCAUUUGAAAAAACAAGAUCUGAAAGAUACAUUUAUUGACAGCGGAGUGAUGUCUGCUAUUAAAGAAUGGCUAACCCCGCUACCCGACAAGAGCUUGCCGCAUCUGAAAAUUCGAGAAGAACUGCUUAAGAUAUUGCAAGAGUUGCCCAGUGUGAGUCAGGAGACUCUGAAGCACAGUGGGAUCGGUCGUUGUGUUAUGUACUUGUACAAACAUCCAAAGGAGAGCAGGGGUAACAAAGAACUAGCUGGAAAGCUCAUCAAUGAGUGGUCAAGGCCAAUCUUUGGCCUUACUUCAAAUUACAAAGGGAUGACCAGGGAGGAACGAGAACAGAGAGACCUUGACCAGAUGCCAACGCGAAGGCGCCUUAGCAGCUUGGGUGGUCAGACGCCUCGCAGAGAUCUGGACAAGGUGCUCACAGGAGAAGAAAAAGCACUGAGACCGGGUGACCCGGGAUUCUGUGCGCGAGCAAGAGUGCCGUUGCCAUCGAACCGCGACUAUGUAGUCAGACCAAAGUGGAACGUGGAGAUCGAGACGAGCCGGGGAGUAGCCAAGAAGACAUUCAAUCGUCUCGACAAACAAAUGCGCCGAUUUCAAGACAUUAAGAAAAUGACCAAAUCGUCACGCGCAGUAAAAAUCAGCAUAGAAGGAAAUAGAAUGCCUCUGUAGUCCUAAGCUGUUGAAUACAGUGAAGCAAUGUACAUACACAACUGUGCACCCCAUACCUGCUCUAUUCGGUUCAUUUAUUUUUAGGUUAUCCUUUUACAGGGUUUGGUGGAGGUGUGGAAACAGUGAGUACUGGCUGUAAAAUUCUGGCACCAAGGUGUACGAUGAAUUUAUGGGCCUGCUCUAAGAACCUGAAAUGGAUAUCUUAUUUUUUGUGCACCAUGAAUGUAUAGAAGUUGUAUAAACUGUUCUUUAAAAGUACACUGACAUCAGUCGCAUAAAAGCAGAGCUGCCUAGUGUUGAGCCAAAUUAAAUAGGGAAGAAACAAAGGAUUCCAUUAAAUACACGUGUGCUAUGUUUGGUUGUAUUGCUUAAAAUAUCUGCUGUGUCUGGCAGAUGAGCACACUUCAUCCCUUUUUCAGUAAGCUCACAGUACUGCCUGCUGGAGUUUGUUGGACAUGUUUUGGAUUAAUUCCUUUGAAAAUGGUCAGUGAUCCCCUGAUCAAACAUGAAUUGUACGCUUUGAUGAUGUAAUAUGUGGUCUUAGACAUACAGUUUUUUAAACAAAUAAACCCCCCUCUUUGUAAAGA